CUCAAGAGUAAAGCCCUCUAAUAAUUUCUCUACACACUCUCCAGUGCCAUGCAACUCCACAUCCUCCUCCUCCUCCUUGCUGUCACAGUACUCCUCUCGUCGCCGACAUGGGCGGCGGCCGGCGGUGAAGAUCAGGCGGUGGCCUCGCAGGAGGUGAACCCGCUGCACUACAACUGCAGCCUGUCCGGCGGCAAGUACGAGCCGAACAGCACGUACGAGGCCAACCUCAGGGCGCUGGCCUCGCUGCUCCUCGCGGAGGCGAGGGCCACCGCCUUCGCCUCCGACAGCUUCGGCGCCGCGCCAGACGCGGUCUACGGCAUCGCGCUCUGCCGCGGCGACUACGCCGGCGACGCCUGCGCCGGCGGCCUCCGCAAGGCGUUCAGGGACGCCAUCGACCACGGCGUCUUCUGCGCCGGCUUCAGGGACGUGACCGUCUACUACGACGAGCACAUGUUCCGGUUCUCCGGCGAGGACUUCCGCGCCAGCCUGACCAACGCGCCGGCGUGGGUCACGUGGAACAUGAACGGCGUGGCCGGCGCCGCCGCGUUCGGCGACCGCGUCAUGGAGCUGAUCAACACCACCGCCGAGUUCGCCGCGUGGAACUCGUCGAAGCGCGGGUACGCGACGGGGGAGGCCGGGUUCGGGGAGCUGGACGUGGGCGCGACCCGCCUCGGGCUGGUUGAGCAGCAGUGCAGAAGCAGCCCCGACCUCGUCAUCUUCGCGCUCGUGCAGUGCACGCCGGACCUCUCGCCGGCCGGCUGCCUGAGCUGCCUCUCCGGCAUCGCCUCGCAGAUGCCGAGGUGGUUCACUGGCGCCGCCGACUACCGCCUCGGCGGCCGGAUUCUCGGGGUCCGGUGCAACCUGAGGUACGAGGUCGAUCGCUUCUUCCUAGAAAGCAACGAGACGAUCAAGAUUCAUAUGCCAAAACAGAAAGAUUGCAAGCUAAGAAGAGAAUUAGGUGACUGGGAGAAGACCGUUACCGAAGAAAUUGAUGAAAGGUUUUCACUUUAUCCUUUCUCCAUGAUAAGAGAUGCCACAGAAAAUUUCUCAGCAGAAAAUAGACUUGGGCAUGGAUCUUUCGGUCAAGUUUACCGAGGCAUAUUACAGAACGGCCUUCAGAUUGCAGCCAAGAGGCUCGAUCAAACUACUUGGCAAGGUCUGGAGGAGUUUUUGAAUGAAAUUAGGAUUAUCAUACGGCUUCAACACGCCAAUCUGGUUAGGCUUCUUGGUUGCUGUGUUAACCGCAAAGAACAAAUACUUGUCUAUGAAUACAUGCCUAACAGGAGCUUGGACUAUGUAUUGUCAGAUCGUGAAAGAGGAGCAUCGCUGAGCUGGUUCAUGCGACGGCAUAUAAUCAACGGGAUAGCACAAGGACUUGACUACCUUCACAACCAUGCUCCAGAAGGACUUAUAAUUAUUCAUAGAGACAUGAAGCUAAGCAAUAUUCUUUUGGACAGUGAAAAUAAUCCCAAAAUUUCCGAUUUUGGGAUUGCAAGGAAAUUUUGUUUAAAUGGAACAGAACCAUACGUGACUCAUCCAGUAGGAACACCGUAA